ACUUGAAGGUUGCCCAUGGAGCAAACCGGGACAAAAGGUUACCCAUGACAUAAGAGAAGGGGAAAAAAAGUACCAUUGUUGAGAUAUCUGCAAUUUUUUGGUGCACUUGCCCGCUUAAACACCCCUAGUUAAACAAAAGAUACAAUGGGAGUAUUCAGAGCCUUGGAGGAGGAUUUUUAGCGCAGUUUGCCAUACAUAUGAGCUUCGGGCCAAAGUAGCAGUUUGUAAAAUUCGAAAGGAUCUGAAUGCUAAAAUUGAAUAUUUGGUCUUCGACCGCAAAAUAGGCACCGCUGCUCACUUGUCCGCUACUCUCACUAAUUACUGGAGUUGUUUACAUUGCAGGCUGUUCAGGUUCCAAGUUUUGUUAGCAUUCUCAGGCUAAUAACUUGUGGUUCUUGAGGCAUAAUCUUCGCAUUGACACAUCUCCUUUACGGAGCUCCCUUCUCUUAAAAUGCUUCAAUCUCUGUAUAAAUACCAAAGAAACUUGUGUACAAAGAUCAGGAAAAGCAGCGUCUUCGUGCAGUUUGUGUCAACUAGCUGUGGCAGCAACGUCACAAAUGACGAGAGCAAGUCAUUCAUUAGCUUGUGUCGCAGGAAGUCGCAUGGUUUAUCAAAAGAAACCAUCAUUAGUGAAGCAAAAAUACUCCAAUUAGACACUCAUGCAUGUUCAGAAGUUUCAGCUGUAGUUGACUUCUUCCAAAACCACGGGUUUUCUGCAACCCAAGUGAAGAAAAUAAUUGGAAUGCGCCCUCGUUUAUUAGCAUCGAAGGUGGACAAAACCCUAAAGCCCAAGUUGAAGUUCUUGCAAUCAAUUGGCUUUUCUGAAGAUGAAUGCAGUAAGAUUAUCUGUUAUAACCCCAACAUACUUCACAGUAGCAUAGGGAAACUACUGACUCCAUCCUUUGAUUCCCUGAAGACUUUCAUGGGUAGUAAAGUGCAAGCAAUGGAUGCCGUCAGACGAAGUCCACAAAUCCUUAGUCGUAACAUCUCUCAUAAUUGGAAGCAGACUGUACAGGUGUUGCACCAAGUUGGUAUUCCUGAUUCUCAAGUUUCAGAGUUCAUUUUCAAAUCUCCAGUUAUCUUGACCAUAAAUCCCCAAAAAAUGAGUGCGGUUGGCUUGAGACUCAAGGAAAUGGGGUUUGAUGUUACUUCUCCAGCAUUUAGGAUAGCUUUCACCACAAUGUCGAAAGUUAGUCACUCCAAUCUGGAAAGGAAAUUGGAAACCUACAGAAGUGUGGGCUUUUCAGAUGAGGAGAUCCUUAAUAUUUUCAGAUCACAGCCGACUUGCAUGUUUUAUACUGAGGAGAAUAUCAGGUCACUUGUGGCAUUCUAUGUUGAUAGACUCCAUUUGAGCCCGUCACACCUGUCACAAAGACCGGCUUUUCUAUUGCGUAGCCUGAAGAGGAGGGUUAUUCCAAGGUGUUCUGUGAUGCAAGUUUUGUGGUCAAGAGGCAUUGUUCCAGAAGCUGGCAAGCUAUCUACUAUAUUAAUGAUUAGGGAAAAGGACUUCUUACAAACGUAUGUUACUAGAUAUGAAGCAAAAGUUCCUGAACUGCAGGCUGCCUACCAGGGCGAACUUUUGUUCAAAGAGUACAGUUUUCAUUUGCGUGAAAUUCGCCAGAUUUCAAUGUCAAAGGGAUCAUCUUCAAAUACUAAAGUAGCUUAGUGCUUGCACCAUAUGCGGUCUCAUACCUCUUCAGUUUUCUUGUUUUAUCACCAUUUGCUAUCAGAAGCUUAGUUUUUGAAUAAUUUGCUAUCACAUUCUUGGUGUUUGAUUGCAUGAAGAUCAUCCCUAGUAGCCACUCUCACCUGGAGUUGCAGGCUGCUUAUGUUCCCAGUUUUUGUUUGCAUUGCCGGGAUUAUAACUUUUAGCCCUUGAGGCAUGAUCUUUGCAUUCACGUAUAUCCUUCAGAGGGCUCCCUUCUCUUAAAAUGCUUCAAUCUCUGUAUACAUGCCAAAGAAACUUGUGUACAAGGAUCAGGAAAAGUAGCCUCUUUGUGCAGUCUGUGUCAACUAGCUGUGACAGCAACACCUCAACUGAUGAGAGCAAGUUGGUCAAUAAUUUGUGUCACAGGAGGUCGCAUGGUUUAUCAGGAGAAACUCUCAUUAGUGAAGCAAAACUACUCCAAUUAGACACGCAUACAUGUUCAAAAGUUUCAGCUGUAACUGAGUUCUUCCAAAACCAUGGGUUUUCUGCAACCCAAGUGAAGAAAAUUGUUAGUUUGGUAGUUAAAUAGUAUUAAAUAACUUUAAUUCCAUAUGUAUUAGGAGUAGGA